UCGCGAUGUCAUGACUGAUGACGUUGAUUUGAUACCAGUUGAUACGUACUUACAUACAUAUCUUGCAAUCUUGCAUUGAACAAUACCAAUUUUGGUAUUAACAAUUUUUACAGUUUUUAUAUAUUAUACUUCGUAAAUACAGUUAUAGAAAAUGGUCGUACGACAUCACGUCGAAGGAUACGCAAAUUUUCUUAAAUUUAUGGAAAAUUUUAAAUCUAACGAAACGGUCUAUGUACUUUAUAGCGGUAAGAAACUUCCUAACGGCAAAAGCUGGUGUUCAGAUUGCGUUGAAGCGGAACCCUUUUUAGAAAGUGGAUUCAAAGCGGCACCUGAUGUAGCACAUAUAGUUGAAGUUGAAGUCGGAGAUCGAGCAUUCUGGAAGGAUUGGAAUUGUCCAUUUAGAACGAAUUCUACUACAAAACUAAAAGUUCUUCCUACAUUAUCAAAAUGGAAUACACAAAAACGUCUGGAAGGUGAUCAAUGCUCGAAGGUUGACCUUAUUGAAAUGUUACUCACGGAUGAGGAUGAUUAAAUAACUUAUUAUUACAUGUUAUACUAAAAAGAAGCCAACCAUUACAAGGGAGCCAUUCUGUAAGUGAAAGUAAUAGCAGUAUUUUGUAGUUUGUAAACGAUGAGUUGUUCUUUCUAAAAGAUUGUCUUUUUAUUCAUUUACAUAAACUGAAGUAUAUCUCCUAUCUUCCUUGUUUUUACAAGUGUUAUUAUCUUCUUUCUACAAAUUUGUGCAAAUAGUUGCAAAGUAUAUAUGUAUAAACUUUUUAUAUUUAUAACAUGUUUAAUAUAAAUUAAUAAAUUCUGAUAAAUUUA